GAUACGUGAGUCAUUUGUCUAUGGCAUGGCAAUGAUAGUAUGUAUAAGACUAAUCGUAGCCGCGUCGCAAAUACCCUAUUGUUCGAUCAUCUUAAUCCUUUCCAAAAUCAAUUGAAUUGAUCUACUUAUCUACCUUUUUUCUUCAGAGCAGAUGCCUAAGGAUCCAGCUGAGUCGAUUUUCGAGUAUUUAACCACCAAGAAUCCGAAAAUAAAUCGCGUUGACAACUACACUAAAACGCUUACUAAUGGAAGGAAUUGGCUUGUCCCUAAGAGGAUUUUACCAUGGGAAGACUUUAACUUUACAACCCUCGAGAAGAUAUUCAAAGGCAAAUUGAUGGAGGAACUUCGCCGUGGCAACAGAAACCUUCGAUAUCCUUUCCCGAAACUUGACCCAUUCACAGAGUGCAUCGAGACGGGCGAGGACACUACCACCACCAUCAUGACUAGAUGGACACGGCCGAUGAUACAGAUAGCCCUUCAGGCGGUAGACGAUGUUUUUAGCCACGUCUCGUGGGUUGCCUCGAGCCGCGUCAAGGCUGCACAAAGCCGCCCAACAACGAGCGAACCAGAAGAAAGCCCAUCCCGAGUUCCUCCAUCAAGGAAGAUCAAGCCUAUCCAAGGCUCGAGCAGGAGGAAAAUUACAUCAAGAUCUAUCCCAGACGGUGGAGGGGCAACCCCCGGGAAACAAGAAAAUAGGUUACCAUGCGAAAUCAAGCCAGGGUGCUAUUGGACCAGCAGCAAACUCAUAAAUGGGGAGCUAGCUGAUGAGUCAGGUCAAUGGAGGCGGCAUCCAUCUGGGUGCAGGGAUGCAGCGCCGUUACUACAGAUUUUCAACUAUUGUGUCAAAUGCGAGGCCAGAUACGGCUUCCUUAUUACUAGUAAGGAGGUUUUGGCCGUCCGCAUCCGCCCCAAGGAAGUUCCGCUAAACCCAGACUCUGAGGAUCUAAUUGAACAGCUGCACUACCAGGGGCUCAUGGAAUACAAAGCGAUUUCUUGGGAUAAUCAUAGCACCGGGGACGACUACAAGGAAUUGACGAUAAGCUUGGCUGUCUGGUUCCUGUGUAUUCUUGCUGGGCAGGACCAUCGGCCUCAAUGGAAUUACUGUGCUCUGGCGGACGAGACCCUUGCCGGAAAAGCCCAAUCUGGCGAUGUCCAAGACACCCAAUCCUUGACACAGGCUUCUAACGUCGAUUCUGAAGAUGGCGACCUUGCGACGUCGAGUUUCACGACACAGGACACGCAAAGUACAGGGAUUAACCAUAGCUUCACUAGUGAUGGGAUUGGUAUCCCGACCCCAAGGCGAGUUCGGAAAAGAACUCGAGCCCGAGAACCCCCUAAGGAAGAGAACAUAAAGAAAAGGCGUGUAACGAAGGUUUGAUUUUCGUGGGCGGUAGGUACUAAGCGUGAUUCUGCAGUUUUGCUUUUUUUCCCCGGUUUGCGAGAUCAUUAUCGAUGAAAUUAUGACUUCUUACAAAUUCUCAAGGUAUUUGGACCGGGAAUAGUUCUAUGUAAGCAGCAGAUAAAGCAUUAGCCAAUCAGAUAUUAGCAAGGCGCAAGCGAUUUCCUGUUUUGGAAAUCAAUUAAAUUCGGUCCGCGCUUA